CCUCAAGCUGCCCAAGCAAUGGAUUAUUGUAGACACCUGAAGGGAUGCAGCUAUAUUAACACGGGGCAGCUGGACCUCUCACAACUUCCUGUUGCCUGAAUGGAUGUUGCCCUGGACUCUGGCCAGAUGAGAGUUGUUCCGGCAUUAGGAGGUCUGCACCUCCUUUUCUCUCUGCUUUGGACUUGUUCUGGAGAACAGCCAGUGUAUAUACGAUGCAGCCUCUUUACAUUUCUGGUCAGAGUCAAGUCCACUGCAUUUGAUAAUGGCCUACCUAUGGCUCCUGAUGAAGUAUUUCUGGGAGAUGAAUGUCCUGUAACCUCGGUUUAUCAAAGAUUUUAUGAGUUUGACUACCAUCCCACUGACUGCAACAUCAGGACCGAGGUCCUCCCAGAAGAUCGUCUCCUUUUCAUAUCGAAAAUCAUCUUUAAGUCAAAGUUCUCAGAUCUUGAAGCUUCAAUGCCUGUGGCCUGUGUUGUGCCCCGACAUCCAGCUCCUAAAAAAAGAAUCUUACGAAAUAAUGCAAAUAAACAAGGUGGCCCCUUGAAAAGAUCAGGAAUACCACAUUUACACUUUGGAAAGACAAUCACCUGGGAAGUUCAGAACUAUCUUGAUGUGCAGUUUUACCCCUUAAAAUAUCAUACAGUUCAUCUUUCUCCACCUGAGAAUUCAGAAGAUGAUUCCAAUCUCUAUAACGCGACUGCACGUUAAAGCUGGAAUACUGUCUAAGGAUCCCAUUUGUUACCUUACACUUCUAAAUGUUUUAGAUGACUUGAUUUUAAAUGGAAUAGCCCUUCAUUUUACUCUCCCUUAUUAAUAAUGGC